AACUAUAGAAUCACACCCUUUUUAACCUGAAACCACAGGUAAUUCCAGAGUUGGGUGUGCUCAGAAAUAGUUUUCAUUGUCAGUGAUACAGUAAUUGUCAUUUGCUACCCUUUCUGUCAUGAGUUAUUUUUCAUAUGUUCAUUACUGUUCAUAAUUUGUUUUAAUAACUGAGCUCAUUUGUGACUCCUUGCCCUGUGUCUGCAAGGAACUGGGGAGGUGAUUAUGGUGUCAUUAAACUUAUUAUUAUUAUUAUUAUUAUUAUUAUUAUUAUUAUUAUUAUUAUUAUUAUUAUUAUUAUCAUCACUGAGAUCCAUGAAAGCAGGUCAAGGGAGGAUAGAAAAAUGCUACAGACCCAAACCCUUAAUGAGCAGACAUGGAUAUAAAGGAGAAAAAUCGAAGAAGGGAGUCAAACCCAGUGCCUGGUGAGUUGCCUGACAGCCAUAACCUUUCUCCAGGAAUGGUGGGACAUCCGGCACAGCAAGGAUGGGCUGGCGGAGGAGGAGCUGUCCAUGAGUGGCUGCAGAGUGGUGUGGUCCCGAGGUCAGGCUGGCCGAGUGGGGUCCCGGCAGGUUGUCAAGUGCACGACCUGAGACUCGGCUGUGAUACAUGCCAUGCUCGCCUCCUCCUACACCUGCCCAGACCAACCGUCCCUGCUGGGAGAACCUGUCCCUCAAGAACCCACAGGUUCAAUCACACACUCUGCGAAGCUUACGUGGAGGAAAACUGGUCUCCCGGCCAGGUGGUCACCAACCUUGUGGCCACGGACCUUGAUGCCUGGGACCUGGGCAAGCUGAGAUACACCGUCCUGCACCAGACCUCAGAAGCAGCCGUCACCAUGAACAAGGAAGGCAGUCUAUACACUGAGACACCCCUGAAUCGCGAGUCCCUGCCCGUGCACAGCCUCAAGGUGUCCGUGAUGGACGAAGAGAUCCAGGCCAGCUUCACGGUGGUGUGCGACAUGAACAAAAACCCACCAGUCUUUACGCUGCCGGAGUACCAGGCGAACAUCAUGGCUCCCGGGACGACCAUUCUUAAGGUCAUUGGUGUUAAGCUCACCGGGGAGCUGAGCAGUUGGACAUCACCCAAAGACAUCAUAUUGAAGGUCGCUGGAAUUCUGACAGUUAAAGGCGGCACCGGGGCAAUUGUUGAAUAUUUGGGGCCUGGCGUGGACUCCAUCUCCUGCACCGGCAUGGCCACGAUAUGCAACAUGGGCGCCGAGAUCGGUAAGAUUGGCUACAGUGAAGGUCGUGGCAGAGAGUGUACUCAAACUCCUACUGUGAGCUACUUCUGCUGCCUGCGCCCUCACCACCCCUGUGAAGGACGCCCAGCUGACCCAACCCUCCUCGUGUGCCCCUGA